CGAGCCGCGCAGCGCGCGCCACGGACGGCGCGCCACGGGCGGCGCGGCGCCGCCGCUGCGGCAGCGCUUCGAGGGAGGCCUCGGGGCGCGGAGCUCCCCGCGCCCCGAGGCCUGCGCCCGACGAAGGCGAGCGGCGGGGCGACCGUCGCCGUCGCCGAUGGGCGCCGCGCAGGCGUCCCCUGCGCGCCGCUCGCUGGCCGCCGCGGUUGUCCUCGGGCCCGCGUUCUGGGGCGAGCUCGGUCCCACGGGGGCGGCUGGCGAACUGAGGGGCGCUGCUGGCGCGGCGGCGGCACCGGACCUGGGCAGGAGGUGUGCCGCGCGGGGGCCGUGGCUGGAGCCCGGGGCGUCGCUCGAGGACAACGCGCCCAGGACGGCGCCGCGGCCCGGGGACUCCGAGCUGGCCUCCGAGGUGCCCGACGCGCUGCCCGGUGCGGGCGUUGGGCAUUUCCACGGCCUCCUGGGCCUCCGCCCGAAUGGCUCGUGCUGCCGCCUGCAGGAGACGCCCCUGCCAGAGGCGGGCCUCACGGCCGAGGAGCGGCGCGAGUCGCACCGGGGCUUCUGCUUCAACAGCCGUGCUUCGGAGGCACAGGCGGUGGACCGGGCGCAGCGGGACGUCCGCUCGCAGGGCUGCAGGGCGAAGCACGAGCAGUACCCGUGCGACCUCCCCACCGCUAGUGUGGUGAUGGUGUUUCACAACGAGCACUUCGUGACGCUCGUCCGCUCGGUCCACUCGGUCCUCAACCAGUCUCCAGCGCAGUACCUGAAGGAGGUCAUUCUGGUGGACGACGCCAGCGAGGUAGACCCGAGCCGGUUCCACGAGGGGCACUGGCGCCGUUUGCGGGAGGAGCUGGACGAGUACGCGCGGGCGCUGCCGAAGGUCCGCCUGGUGCGGCUCGGUGAGCGGCGGGGGCUGAUGUCGGCGCGCAUGGAGGGGAUUUGGCGUGCUCGGGGCGACGUCAUCGUUUGCCUGGACAGCCACAUAGAAGCCACUCCGGGGUGGCUGGAGCCGCUCCUCUCGCGCAUCGCCGAGGACCACACUCGGGUGGUGGUGCCCAGCAUCGACGGCAUCGACACUGAGGACUUUAGAUAUAGUGUUUUCGGCCUGGGGCUGCUGAGCUUCUCCUGGACGCUGGCGCAGAAGCCGCUGGAGCGCCUGGACGGCAGCGAUGAGCCAAAGGGAUCGGCCGUCAUGUGCGGCGGCCUCUUCGCCGCCAGCCGCCGCUUCUUCCUGCACCUUGGCGGAUACGACCCCGAGAUGCGCAUCUGGGGAGGCGAGGAGAUUGAAAUCGGGUUUCGCACGUGGACGUGCGGCGGGUCCAUCGAGCACGUGCCGUGCUCGCACGUGGGGCACAUCUGGCGCACCAGCAGGUACUGGCAGGGCAGCGUCUACACCGUGCCCGCCGAGGACCUCACCAGGAACAAGCUGCGCACCGCGGAGAUCUGGAUGGACGACUACAAGGACCUGGUGCGGCUGGCCGCGCCCGCCCUGCCGAAGCACGCCGACCUUGGCGACCUGGAGCCCCGGAGGCAGCUGCGCCAGCGGCUCGGGUGCAGGCCCUUCCAGUGGUUCGUGGACAACGUCGUCAUCGACACAGUGCGGAGGAGCGUGCCCGCCCUGGGGCCCGACGCGCCGCCGGAGGGCACCCGGGGCGCCUUUGUCCACCUCUCCACCGGCACCUGCGUGGUAUCCUCGGGCGCGGAUGCGGUCGGCAUGCGGGUCCCGGUCGCUCCGUGCGACCCCGCGCGCGGCGCGGGGAGCGCCAUGUCCAUCCACCUCGACAGCGGCGGCGUGAUCCGCCCUGGUGGCGGCGAGCUGUGCAUGGCCGGCGGCGCGGAGGGGCCUACCUUCUACCCCUGCGGCCCUGGCAGGGGCGGGCCCCAGUGGCGGUGGCUCACGCCGCUGCGCGCGCGCCGGGGCGUUGGCAGGCUGGCCCUGGGCGAGUCCGGCAGGUGCCUGGAGGUGCUGUCGCACGGUUGGCUCAACUUCAGCCUGUCCAUCCCGCCCUGCUACGACACGGGCGCCUUCGCGCAGCUGUGGGUCUGGGAGCCUGCCGCCCGGGCCGCCUCGGCCGCCACCUCCACCGACACGGACCCAGGCAAGGAGCGGCCGAGCGUCCAAGAGCGGCCUUUCGCCAGAGUGACUCUUUGGCGUGGGCCCGCGCGGGCCCCCGCGCAUUGGCUUGCGGGUGUGGGUCUGCCCGCCCCCCCCCCCCCUACUCCCUCCCCGCGGCCCACUGAGGAAGCGCACCAAAGGCCACUCUCGCGCAGGUGGCGCCGCUCGGACAUCUGGUGAUAUGAUUCGUCCCAUCCGCAGACCCAGAGGUUCCAACCCGUGCUCUGGGGUCAGGUUUGCGCCCCAGAUCUGUGUUUCAUUGUCCCAGGGUUCGGCUAACGGGCCUCAGAGGCCGAAGUCGACGAAAGCCGCCGGGAUUGGAAGGAGAAAAUCCGCGCGGAGCCCCGAAAGCUUCUGUUUAUAGUAGGUUCGCGUCGUGCCGACCGGCGGCGACCCCGAAUGCCGCCGGCGACCCAGCAUCGGUCGACGCUGAACGAACUGACGUUUCGGAAACGGCCGUUCUUUCAAGUUCGAACGAGCCCCGCGGUGUCAGCAGCCAACGCGGCGGUCGACACGACUUGGAACCGCCGUAUACCAAGGUCCCCUGCUCUUAGGCAUGGAGCCAAAAUCAGAUCAUCGGAGAUCUGGGCUUGGCGUGCGGCCGACCAGGAGCUGUGAGGGGGCCGCCGCCCCAGCGAGGAGCGAGGAGGCCCCGGCUGCCGAUCCUCGGAGAGCCCCUCCGUGGGGAGCCUCCAGGGUGCGCCCAGGCGGCCGCGUGCCGGAUGUCAUCCAGAUCGACCCCGCGACGGCAGCGUGAUCGCGCAAUUGGCGCCGGCGCGCCUGGUGCGAAUCGGGGGAGGAAGAGGUACCGAUGCCACUGCCCUUCCUUCGUUCGGGCCCUUCGGGCAUCCUGGCCUCUUCGUCACGGCCGGAUUCUCCUCGAGAUCUUGGCCAGAACGCGCCCCGGGAGAGGUCCAGGGAGCAGCGGCAUCGGUAUCUUGUGGUUUCCCCAGUUUGAGCCGAGGAGCAAGCUGCGGCACAAGCACAAGCUUUCUGAGGUGCACGCGGGUUCCUUGGUCCUGAGCGUUCACCCAGCCAAACAGCCUCCGAGCCAGACCAAUCUGCAACUCUCGGGGCCGGAACUCCGCCCAGGUACAGUCGGACUGAGGUAUGAGAUCGAGGUCGGUUCGGGGAG